AGGAUUUCCUUCAAAAACAGAAGCUGAAACCUUAAGACUCCGAUGCCCUGCAGAGGAAUCAACCCUUCGUAAGCUCAUCCAGGAUCCAAAAUGGGCGCCAUCAAGUCCAAACGGUUUAAAAAGCCUCCUCAGGUGCUCAUCAUGGGCUUGGAUUCAGCAGGAAAAUCUACUUUAAUGUACAGGCAGCUGCACGGGGUCAUCAUGCAGACCUCGCCCACCGUGGGCUUCAAUGUGGCGACCCUCCAGCUGAACAAGAAGACCUCCCUGACCGUGUGGGACAUUGGAGGGCAGGACACCAUGAGGCCCAACUGGAAGUACUACCUGGAGGGAUGCAAAGUGCUAGUGUUCGUGGUGGACAGCAGUGAUUACGCCAGGAUCGGAGAAGCUCAGAAAGCCCUCAAGAAGAUCCUGCACGAUGAGCAUCUUAAAGGGGUUCCCCUGAUGGUGCUGGCCAACAAAAAGGACCUGCCGAACACCAUGACUAUCAGAGAGGUGUCCACCAAGCUGGAUUUGGACACUUACACGGAUCGCCAAUGGGAGAUUCAAGCCUGCAGCGCUGUGAAGGGUCUGGGUCUCCAACAAGCCUUUCUGUCUAUAGCUAAACUACUGCAGAAAGCAUGAGGACUGGGAAAUGUGACGCAGUUUAAACUUAUUAUAGUAUAUGUUAAUGACACUUUAUUCGUGUUAUUAUACAGGUAACACUUUAAAAUAAGGCUGUUUUAGUUAAUGUUACUUGGCAAACAAUGAACAAUAUAUUUAUUAUGUUUGUUUGUUAAAGAAAAUAAAGAGAUUUACUGUUCGUGUUAACUCGCAGUGCAUUAACUAUUGUCAACAAGCAUGAACUUGGAAUUUAAAGGACACCUAAUUUUACCCUUUAUAAGACGUAAGGUAAGCCUUUGGUGUCUCUAGAAUGUGUCUAUAAAGUUUCUGCUGAAAAUACCCAUCACAAUAUUUAUUAUAGCCUCCAGAAUCUGCCCAUUUUGGUGUCUGAAUACAGUGUAGCUGUUUUUGUAGCCUGUGGCUUUAAAUGCAAAUGAGCUGCUUCUCCCCGCCCAUCGUUUCCAUGUGCGCAUCUGCUUCUUUCGCCCCAUGCACUCUGGACUUCAGCGUCAACGAGUGUCUGAAGUUGGGGCUGACGUGAUCAGGCCCGGCCCUAACCAAUUUGGCACCCUAGGCAAAAUUUCAGGUGGCACCCCGUCACAUCGCAGUAAAUUCCAAUGCUAGUGUAUAGUCAUAAAUAGCUUUUUGAUCGACAACUACAAGCAGGGAAAACGUCAGAUAAAUAUGCCAAUGCAAUUAAUGUUAUUGCUGAAUAGAUUUAAUAUUUACACAUUUGCAUGAGGAUGUAAUGAUGGGGGUAUACAUUAUAUUGAAUAAUAGGAACCAUUUUUUAUUAUUUUUUGUCUCUUUUCUUUUAAUCAAACAAUUAUUUGUAUUGGUCAUGUAAGUGUCAUAUAUUAACUGAAUUUCUAAUGUUGUGGGUGAGUGCUGUGCAUACUAAUUAGCAUUUUUGCAGAAGUAGAUAGAUGCGGGUCCAAAAUUAAAUUCAGCUCUGCAGAAACUUCCUGUCUGAAGAGAGGUGUUAAAACUGAACACAGAACACAGAAAAAUGUAUACUUUGUUGUUGGGCAGAGAAUUCAUAGAAAAAGAGGAAGUAUGCCGAAGGGGCAGCCAAUGGAGGACUGAACAAUGACUGACAAGUGACGUUACACCAAAACUCCACCUGUUAAGAUCGGUGGUGUAUAUAUGCUGAAGUCAGGAAAUAUAUGUUAGUUGCGAACCUCUUGAAUGUAAUUCUUGUAUUGCAUUGGGGUAAUGUAACCCAGAGCUCUGUCAUCGAAUUAUUCAUUUGUAUCCAAUAAAUUGUUACGAUUUUUGACAUUGAA